AUGUUGCAGUCGUUUGGGAUCGAACUUGUUGCUGGGCUGCAAUAUUUGCACUCCAAUAGCAUUUUGUACUGCGAUUUGAAGCCUGCGAAUAUUCUCAUUGACGAAUUCGGAUCACUUAAGCUGGCGGAUUUUGGACUGGCACGCCGCAUUCCAGGAAGUGAUGCAGCACCCGUACGACCACUUGCUCCAGGAUCACCUCACUAUAUGGCGCCUGAGUUAUUCCAGCAACCUGCAGUGCACAGCUUUGCGUCAGACUUUUGGGCAUUGGGCUGUGUAUUGUAUGAACUCAGAACAGGCCGGCAACCAUUUACACAUACUAACUUUUCAGAGUUGGCACGAAGGAUUCAAUCGGAAACGGUGGAAUUCCCAGUACCUGGAUGCGAAAUGUCGCCUGCAUUUUGCAAGCUAUUAGAGCGGUUAUUAGUGAAAGACCCUUAUCAGCGAAUCACCUGGGAUGAGCUAGUUGUUCACCCUUUUUGGGAUGGUUUACCUCGCAUCCAAAAUGUGGUGAUGCCUCCGCAGGAAAUAUUUGAUAGAAACUCGCCCGUGUGUGAGCAGGUUACCAGCAAUGACGGUUCAAAUGGUCUUGACAACCCUGAAGAACCUCACGACAACGGUCAUAUUAGCGAACGUGAAAAAGAUAGGGAUAAUGGUGACAGCAGCCUGGCUAAUGCAGAUGACGUUGGAGGGUUGCACGUGAAUGGAAUCGAGGAGACAACAACAGGAAACAAUUGUGAUGAUGAAACUCACUUCUCGGAUUCUGGAGAUUCAGAUGCGGAUCAGACACCAAAUGAAGCCACUCGCUUAGAUAUCACCUCAAGAGCCACUCAUGAUGACGUACGACCUGUCAGCGCGCCGAACUCACGAAUACGCGCUCUACCGGACAACAAUGAAGACCUCAACGAUGACCAGAAUGGUGUUUUGAACGAAGUCAGUCAACUGACUGAUAUCCGACAUCGCUGGAGAGCUGCUCACGCACCUCAUUCUGCACCUCCUGCUAUUCGGAACGCCCCAAAAAGGAGGAUAUCAAUAAACAACCUGUUCGAUCGAAGUGGCGUACCUGGCAGUGGGCUCCGCAAGAUAUCCAAGCUGGUUUUUACUGCUGCAGAUUGCCGUGUAAAGUCUAUCAUCGGAAAUAAAAACGUCCAGAUCGAAGACUUACCGCAGGUCCGUGCAGAUCUUUUCCGGUUCCCCCUCUUAGCUCCAGAAAAUCUACUAUCGUGCUCGGCUGAGGCUUUGGAGAAUCAGCUGAAAGAGAUCUACAUCAGUUUGAAGUUUUCUCACUCGGAUGACCAAGCGAAACUUAGUGUCAUGGCGUAUUUAUUCUCUCUCAGCUGCCACGCUCGACUGGCUCACGUGAUUGUGAAUAGCUCAAUUCUUAAGCUUUUGAUUCGAAUGCUGUCGCAUGAAGCCCGACUGGCUACUCCGAACAAGACCGUAAUUUCAAUGCUGUGUCUUGUGCUCGGCGUUCUUUUUCGAUUCGCUACCUUCAUUGCACCGUCUUCGCCGGAUCAAUUGCAGGUGCUUGUGAAGUUACUAUUGGAAGUUAUUGUCCGCCCUGAUGGUCUUGAAAACAAGAACAGUACCGACAUUCAAGGGUUACAACCUCGCCCUCUAGCUCUCGCGUGUCUUGGAGAAUUACUUUUUUACAUUUCAACACAACAAGAGUGGGAAUUACCGAUGGAAGGCGUGGACACUGUGCUUGCAUGUAUAGGAGAUACGAAUGUAGUACUCCGUUAUUAUGCGGUGAGGACGCUUGGCAAUAUGCUGAUUCAGUGCACAGAUUCCCUGCUAUCCCGACUGAUUAGCGAGAAAAUUGUGUUGACGUUAAUGCGAGGCCUGCUGCAACACGCGACCUCGGUGUCAGAAGAUGAAAAUGGAGAGUUAAACGUGGCUAUCGCGCUGCGAACAGCUACAACUGAGGCGCUAGCGCAGGUGUUGCGACAUGUUCGCACUCCGUCUUCAACUGCGAGUCUUUCGUCUCGGUUGAAGAGAUCGAUAAUGCUGUUCUUUGCCAAACCGGACAUCCUUAAUGCAGUGUGGCGAGGCGUGGAAAGUAUGAAAGAAUCUACCGAGCUGGCGAUCGCAUCGUUGAACAUUAUAAACUCAUUUUUGGACAUGAAGCUUGGUACUGAAAGAGAAGCAGAAGCGGCUGCGAUCAAGUCAAGCCGCACGUUGCUGCUGGAACGUGUCGUGGCGUUCCCGACAAUAUGUAAAGUUUUGGAGAUUGAUACGAGCACGAGAGGAGAUGAUGUUGAUGACGAUAGUCUUUCUACGUUGCGAGCGAAAGGAUUGGUCAUGAUCCACUUGGGUGUACAGUUGAAUCGCAGCUUUCUACUCUCAUUUGUGCAGUAUGAAUCCCUAAAUAUUGUGGAAAAAGUGAUUGACCCCAUCGCUGACCAGCUCUGUGAAGAUGAAAACAAUCCCGGGUCAAUAUCGCCGGAAAAGAAGCUAUCUGCAUUUGAAAUGUACCUCGCGCAGUGUGCGAUGAAUGUGUGCAAGCUGUCGAUUCGAAUGGCUUUAAAACUCGGAGCAGUGUGCUUCUCUACGCCUGAAAAUGGUGAUGGUGAGAUCACGAGUAGCAACAACACAGAGAAUCGAUCCCCUAGGAUAUCGCCAAUCCCGUUCCAGCUUUUUGGUGGACUGCUACACAAUCCAAACUGCCGACAACAAUUGUUAAACUAUUUCGUGGCAAACGACAGCAAGCAGUACACGUUCUUCCUACGCCUGAUGGCCAAGUUACUUACGUCGUUUCCUGAUGAGAUUUUGGUCAUACCAGGGAGCACUGAUAAAACGACUGUAGCUCGAUAUGUGUCGGAGAUUUUAGUGGACUUGUUCGAACUCGCAGCUAAGGAGACGAACGAUAUUGUGUUAGUGGAGAAGCAAAUGCUGUUCACUCAGUUGUUACCUGCUAUUGUAAAGCAUGUAAAUGGAGAAUCUGAGGGUGCUGCGGUGAAUUGUCUUCGGAUCCUUCACGUUGUCCUGCUGGAUUUCGACUACGAUGAUGACAAUGGUGACUACGAGUUUUUCGAUCCAUUCGUUCGAUCGAUACUUUUCCCCCAUCUUAACACGUUGUUCAGGAGUCCGAUGGGUGUGGUCGAAGAUGUUUGGAGCUUGUCAAGUGAAUUAAUGUUUGGCUUACUCUCUAGUGACUCUUCUCUCCUUGGAGAAGUAGAGGACUUGAACAUUGUACCCACGGUUAUGAGUUUAUUACAGGUACCGGACGAGUUCCAGUCGCUACCUUCACAUGCUACGCAACUCGUCCAAAUGCUUCUGGAUUCCGCUGAUGUACGCUCGGAAUUACUGUACGAGUCAGGCAUAACAAGGAGUGUGGUUACUGGAUUAAUAUUCGCUUCGAAACACAAAGAGCAAGAUGGAAAUCUGCUAGAUUUGUCGAUAAUCCUGCUGAAUUUGCUUCACCACCAAUUCGAAAAAAACCGACAAUCAGGACGAUCACCAGCUCCAGCGGGGUUUCAUGAGCUGGUUGCUUGUGGGCCGUUGAUGCUUCAGUUUUGCACUUCGAGCGACGUUGAUCGUAAAAUGAAUGGACACUCCGAAUACGUAGCACCCGAAAAGGAUACUGCAAAGAGUCGAACGAAUGAUGAACUCGCGGAUGUAGCCUCCCGUUGCCUCGUCUUCCUGUCGCAGAUAUUUGGCGAGCAGUUGAAUGGCGUAUUUUUUUCUCAAAGCAAGAACGUUCCCUCGGGUUUUAACGAUUCCGAUCUGAGUUCGCUUUCGAGAUGCCUGGAAGGCAACAUGAAUGGAAUCAUUCUGCUACGCGUGCUACAUACACUGAAAACUUGCCUUCGCUGUGAAACCAAAAGGUACCAAGUGAGUAACUGGUUUGCUGAGCACAGAAACGUUCUCAGCACUGUGGAGGCUUUGGCUACUCAAAAGCAGACUUCUCGGUUGGAUGGAGCUGUAAGCGAAGCUGAAAAUCACCCGAAUCGUCCAUCGAUAGGAGAGCAGAUAUCCAAGACUGCGGCAUCAAUCAUGCGACUCUGCCGUACUACAGACGUACGAUGA